UUCACGUAAAAUUUUAUUGUUGCCAUCGAGUUUUUUGUUUUCACGCGUUAAACUUUUGGAUAUUGCUGGAAUAAGGUUGUUAAGCUACCAAAGCUCUUCCCUAUCCCAGGGAAUAAAAAAAUCAUACGCAGAGGACACCGCUGUAGCUGGCUCUCCUAUUUUUAAACUUGAAGAAAGUUUAAAACUUGAUGCUGGUCAAACUGGAUUUAUUAAAGGGACUUUACCUGGUGAAAAUUCUUCCAGUACGAUCGUUAAAAGGAAAGUUUUCAUAUAUGAUCCAGAAAAACAUGGAAGUUUUUUUUCAGACGACUUUUCUGGAAAUCUUGCCUUUAGACCACCUGAAUGCUUAUGGCUACCGGCUAUCGAGAUUAUCGAAAAGAUAUAUAACGAGUAUAGUAACGAUCCUGAUAAAAAUUGUCCUAAAAACUUAGCCUUUAAAUAUGGCAUGGGUGAAAAUACUGUAAGAAGCUUUAUCAAAGCUGGUAAAGAAGCAAUUACGGACGUGGAGUUUCGGUUAGCUUUCGAGGAACUCCCUCAGUCAUUACAAGAGGAACUGGAAGAAGCUGCCUCUUCUUAUAAGGCCUCCUUUUCAGUGCAUUACGUUGAGAAUCUUCGCGGUUAUAAGAGACCUCCUUUGGAAAGCCAAAACGAGUUUUUUAGUAACGGAAACUACAUCGCAACGGAACCUUUGUUUGUUCAAGUGGGAAAAAAUGUCCCUGCAUUUAUUAUUUCCGAGGAAGAAAGUGUGGAGAAGCUCAAUAAAGAGAUAGCUAAAGAAAAAAUACCGCCUGUAAGAAAUAAACUCGAUGAAGAGCUCAAGCAUGUUGUGUUUGGACCAGGCUCAAAUAAGAAGUCCUCCCAGCGGACUCUUUCCAAGGGUCCCAUGCGCCUUCUGUUUAUGGACACCAGCAAGCCGACCCGAGAGGAAAAGAGAAAGUCCAUUAAGGCUUAUGUUGCUGAUAGUAAAACAUUACGUAGCGCAACUGAACACGAGGAGGAAUACUUUGCUAGUCGCUUUCUGCACUGCAAUAGAUCGAGACUUUUAUUUUAAGGCUUUUAGUCUGGUAUGUAACCACGCUGUAUACCCUUUAUAAAUGAAUGUCUUCACAGUCUUCAUUUGAGUGAGACGCAAAGGUAGGCAUUAUAGACAUAAAUAUAAUAUUUAAAAAACUGCUGAGGCGUGUUGUAAGGAAAACGAGCGGUGCCAUUGCGAUGGUUUAAAAAACUAAUCUUUUUUAUUAAUACUCAAGUUGAAUUGGUGAACGCACUCGCAC